CUUGGCUCUUACGCAAUCUAGUGUGGGGUUUACAUUUGGGUCUUUUCCUUUACUUCUAUGUGUUGUUGUGCCAUAAAUGGUUUAGUAACCCACCACAGGACUCAAAGUUCAUGAAUGCAUGAAUGUUGCUGAACACUCUGUCACAUAGGGCACACACUUUAGUGAAGGAUGCCUACUUUGCAACAGUGUGUCUGUGCUCAUUUCUUAUCAGCUCUGAUGUUACAGAUUUACAGGUUUGCUGUCAUCGUGGGUAAUUCAGUUGAGUUUUUGUUGAUAGACAAAUUCUUUGGCUGUAGGGUACACCAUGUUUUCUCACUUUCCUCCGACCAGAACACGAUAUCUUUUUUUGUGAUGCAGCAGAAACAAUGCAGACUCAGGGGCUUACCCACUACAGACAGCUGUUUCUCCUCCUGGCCUUUCUCAGCCUGGUUCUCCCUGAGGUGUCCUCCAGCGAAUCCUCCGAAAGCUUACUGAACCCUUCAGAGGACUACUCUGAUCCUUAUGCACGCAUCUCCACUGACAGCCCUGGGCUCACUUCCCCGGAUAGCAUCCCGGAGCCGUGCUACAAGGACCUCUGCCAGGACCUGCCUGCUCCGUGUGCCGAGCUGGCGGCCAUGUUGCGCUGCAGUUGCCCCGGGGUCUCCAUGGGGCCCAGUGCCCAUCCGGAGGCCCCCGUGGUGAAGAUCUACUGGCGGGAGGGAACGGAGCCAGAGGUGCGGUGGUGCGCAGCGCAUGCCGACGAGAACGUUUACCGGGUCCUGGUGCAAGGGAAAGAGGUUGGUGAGUUCGGGGAGCUGAAGAGGUCGACAGUGGUGAAGGGCUUGAGUGCCGGAGCAGAGGUGUGCGUGCAGGCAGUCAACGACGUAGGGCAGAGUGCACUGGAGGGCCGAGCGUGCGAGGUCUACAAGCCGCCCAAGGGGAGCCCCAGCCUGGCCCUGAAGGUGGGGCUGAUAGGGGGGGCGCUGGGUCUCCUGCUGCUCAUCUCACUCGCUGCCCUGCUCUGGAGGCACCGCAGCCGACGGAAAGACGGGGCCCGCGUGAGCACCGAGGGGCCCCUCUGAGAGUGUGUGUAUGUGUUAAGGGGUAUGUGAUGGGGUGUGUGUGUGUGUGUGUGUGUGUGUGUGUGUGUGUGUGUGUGUGUGUGUGUGUGUGUGUGUGUGUGUGUGUGUAUGUGUGUGUGUGUGUGUGUGAGUUAGAGAACAAAAGCGACAAGAACAAUGACAUGAUCAGAAAUGUAUAAAUAUCUCCACUCUAACAAAUGACUUGCCAAUACCAAUUGACAGAACAGACAGAAAAGCGCAAGAGCAAACACAACACAAGCAAAAAAUGAAAAAGAAUGCUGAAUACAUCACACUUUUGAACUGGGAACUACAAUCCACAUAAAACCGCAUGUCUGCCUUUUGCAGGCAGAUAAUUCAUUUGCAUUUCAGAUUGUUUAUUGUUUCAUGGUCCAUGGACAGAGUGUUCUUGUUACAAUAUCAUAUUUAUCUCAAGAUCUGUAUGUGUACAUGUGGUUAGAUGACCGUGUUUUUUAUGAGUGUUUAUGUUUAUAAUAACAAAUCAUGAAUGAUUACUUGUUACUGAAGGUGAUUGUUAAUGUAGAAACCAAUUCACACGAGACUUACGGCUCAGAGUCUGGGAAUGUGAUUGGGCAAUCAGAGCUCUGGCUGAACUUACCUUAACCCUGCCUUAUUGUGUGUAUAAUACCUCCGUGUUUAACACCAUGCCAAAAGGGUGAUGGUCACAGGAAACACGUCUCAUGCAGUCAAGAGAAACGCCUGUGGCACUGAGAGAUUGACAAUCCCAUCUGGAGAUUUGGACCGAGGUAGGGCAGUGGGGUUAACAUAGCGGAUAUGAUCUACACUGGUCUGGAAUCAGGCGCCCAAUGUCCAUCUGCUGAUAUCCUCAGCCAGCUGCAGUUUAGCUCUUGGAGUGAGAAUAAACUUAAAGGCGUAUUGCCCUCCAAAGUUCACAACAGGGAUUUUAUUUAUGUGUAUUGCCAUUUCACAGUUAGUUUUUCUAUUAUAGAAUUCUUCAGUUUUAUAGUUUUAUGUUUCACUUUUUUAUAUGAUGAUUUGUGAAUGUGGAGUCAUAGCUUGUGGUAAACGCCAGCUGCUGUGAGAGAUGAGUUUAAAUUAGGGGAGUGUUUCCUCAGAUAAAUUAUCCAGGAACGUUGUGCAAUAUAGUCCUCGGGGGCUCAGAUAGUAACUUUUGAUGGGGGAGAUGUCUUAAAGAGACUCUACACUACCAGACACUAUCCCUUUACAAGUUCAUGUGCAUACAAGCAUACAAAAAUAUAUUUUUUACAUUUUUUAUGGGAAUAUUCAUGUUUUUAAGUAUUAUAUGGCUGUUUUGUAUGCUAUGAAAGAUGUACUGGCCUCUAUCGUUUCUGUCAAUAGACCAUUCGGGAAAUUCAAACCUUGAGAUAAAAUAGUGGAAUAGAUUAAGCUGUGGAAUGGGUUAGCGAUGGUUUUCUCUUGGGUUAGGAAAAAGUAAUUCCAAACAAUUAGACUGUGUAUACAAAUAGCAUGUAGCACAUACAACAAUCAUACACUGAAAAUAUUCACGAAAGGUUGCUUUAAAAGAAAGAAAGAGAAAUAUGGGAACAAAAUAGGACAUAAUGAAAGAAAGACAGAAGACUGUGUGUUUAUGUCUCAGUUCUACAGUUCUACAUCUAAGAACAAAACAAUCAGUUAUAUAUGUGAAUUACUGGUAUAUAAAACAAAUAUGGGAAAAAGAAGAAAUUAUAUGGAUAUUGUCAGGAUAGUCAGGAUUAAUGUCAGGAUAUUUACAUGGUUGAUUAAAACUGUAACUGUAACAGGCUGUCUGUUAGUAUGAGACAGCUAAAGAAUGACAAGUUAAAAAAAUCUGUUAAUUUUUACACCUCCAGCAUAACUCCAUGCUGUUAUGUGAUCUGUUUUAUUUCAGUAACAAUGUCAAACAAAACUAUUUUUGAGAAGGUGAACAGAGAAAAUGCUGACAUUUGUUUGACAGGUCAUGUCUAAAAUAUAAUAAUAAUAAUACAAAUUAAAUUAAAUGUUAUAAUGUGUAUGACUGUAUUUUCCUCCAACAUAUGUUUUGUUAAAUUAGAUAAAGAAAUUAACUGAUUGUUGUCUAUAUCGUGUUAAUAAUUUAUGAGCGCUAUCACUGUUUAUCUGAUGCAGACAUUUUAACUUUUGACCAAAAAUCAUGAUUCACUCAUCCAACGCCCCCUGUUUCUUUAAACACUUUUUUUGUUCAAUUUCAACAUUCUUGGUAUGUGUUGCAUACCAGAGACAGAUGGACAACCUGUUGAAAUGGCCAUUUGAGGUUAACCUUUAAAGUUUUUUCAGGGAAGUCUGUAAAACUUUUUCCCACACUCUAAUAUGAGCAGUAACAGGUCUCAAGCAUUCACGGUAUUUCAUGGAUAUCCACUUAGUGGGUAAAGCCAAAUAUUUCCAUAAUGAUUUUGCAGAGAAGAAACCGCCUAGUGGUUCAUGGUGGUAGUGGCUUAAAGACGUUUCAUCAAAAUUGUUAGUGACGGCUAUAAUCGGAUGAACAGUGCGGUUGAAGCUCUCUCGCACACUUGAUGACAGUCUUAUAAAAUAUACUAAGGAGAGAGGGGGAAAAUCCUGACACAUUGUAUACAGAUUCAGUGGGUAUGUGCAUGUUGUUGGCCUUUGAUCUCUUGAUGAGAUUGACUUUCAUGGUUUUCCAGCACUGAAAUGUACUCUACCCUUCUACAGAUUUUUGGCUCCUCCUUAGUGGCAGAUGGAAUUUUUAAUGAAAAACUUUCAUCCCACAAGAGACAUUAUUUUUUGGGGCUAUGGAGUAAAUGUUCUUCAUAAAAGGGAAAAUACCCAUAUAGGGGAAAGGCAUUUACCAGACAAAUGUUAUGGGUAAUAUGGUUGGAUUAAUGUUGGAUAUAAAAUCUAAUUUUAUAGUAUCCCAUUCAAAUAUUUCCUGUUAUGAAAUGAUAUGGCUCACAAGUAAUACAGAUUUGAGCAGAGAAGAAGAUUAUUAUUAUUUGGAUGCUCCCUACAUUCAGUAUUAUACCCAGAGAUAUAUUUGCAUAUUUCUAUUCUAAGAAAAGGGGGAUUCAUAUUAUUUACAACACACCAUUUAAAGAUAGAUCAUACACAAUGUUGUUGUAUUUCCAACGAUCUUAGCUUUGCCAUUUUACUUAAAUAAACUGUAACUACAGCACUUUAUAAAGGUAAUAUACAUAAUUGCAUAUCCAACAAUGGUAUGACUUUAUUUACAUUUUACACACAAACAUGCAUUAUAUAUUUCAGUCUGGGCAGUCUAAAGGGCUAUGCUACUCUAACGUCAUGGCUGACCAUGAACUUUAAUUUAAACUGUGGGACAACAUUUACUCUGGUGAUGAAAGAGGCCUAAAAGUAGGGUUGGAUUGACCAAGAAGGCUGGGAAUCUCCAUGCAUAGACGUCAGAAUUUGAAAUUGGUUUGGAAACCAGUGUGGUAGAAUUCUGUCUCUCUUUCCAGCACCAAUCAGAACACUAGAAGCUAUAAGCGAUAGGAUGACUUGGUGACUCCCAAAAAGAGCACAGAAAAAAAGAGAAAAAACAGAAAGAAAGAGAAAGGAAUGGGUGACCGUUUAAUUCCUGAUAGGUUCAAUGGAUGUUUUAGUUAGAAUAUACUUUUAAAAAUAACUACUUUGAGCAACUGUUUUGGUUAGUGACUUAGUAACAAAAAAUUAGCUCUCAGACAGAGGUGAAAUGAAAAUGUAUAAUCUUAAUCUGAUUUAGUGGGGUUUGGGAUGGGCACAAAUUGUCUUCUACUUAUUUAGUCGGAGUUCUAAACCAUUUCAUAUUUUUUUAAAUAUAGAUUAUCUUUACUUUCAGUGGAUAAUCACUACCUUUUAACAUGCUUCAUAGAAAAGAUUACCUGGGUCAGCUGACUGACUUUUUGCCAACUUCUGUGCAAAAGCCUAUUACAGACUCUACAUGGGCUAAUCUUGAUCCUCUGUACCCUCAUUCAUUCAUUCAUGUCCAUUUGGUCAUUCUUUCAUUCAGUCAGUCUGUCAAAUCUAUUUGUCUAUUCAUUUGCAUAACCUAUAUUCAGGCUUUUAUGAUUGAAAUAAAGGGUGUCUUGAAAA